CUGUCGUUUCGCAGCAGUGAGGGUAAAGAGGAAAUUUUGGUGACGCCUUAUAAAAUUCCGAGCAGGGGCCCAUUUUCAUCUUCAUUACCACGACAGAACAACAUUCCCUUUACACCGGCGCAAGUGGAGGCAAUAAGGUCCGGCUUGCAGCCCGGUCUAACAUUAGUCGUUGGACCUCCGGGAACCGGUAAAACUGACGUUGCAGUUCAGAUUAUUUCGUGUAUCUAUCACAACUGGCCGGAGCAACGGACGUUAAUCAUUACACAUUCGAAUCAGGCGUUGAACCAGUUGUUCGAGAAGAUCAUGCAGUUAGAUGUUGAUGAGCGGCAUCUGCUCAGAUUGGGACACGGCGAGGAGUCACUGGAAACCGAGAAGGAUUUCAGCAGGUACGGUCGCAUCAACUACGUACUUUCCAAACGUUUGGAGUUGCUACAAGAGGUGGAACGGCUGCAGUCGAGCUUCGGCGUCCCUGGCGACGUUGCUUAUACGUGUGAAACGGCCGGCCAUUUUUUCCUCUACCAGGUGCACGUUCGGUGGCAGGAGUAUUUACGGAAAAUAGCGGAAACUCGCGACGUCCAAAACGUCUCUAAACUGUUUCCAUUUACCGCGUUUUUCGCUGAUACUGCCCAACCAUUGUUCAAGGGUGAAUCGUAUGAAGCUGACGUGGAGACGGCUCAGAGUUGCUGGCGGUACAUUUGUCGGCUAUUUCAACAGCUGGAAGAGUUUCGCCCCUUCGAGCUGUUGCGAUCUGGUCGCGACCGCGUUGAGUAUUUGUUGGUGAAGGAGGCGAAGAUAAUCGCGAUGACCUGCACACACGCUGCCUUGCGACGCAGAGAGCUCGUUCAGCUAGGUUUCCAUUACGACAACGUGUUAAUGGAGGAGGCGGCGCAGAUAUUGGAGAUCGAAACCUUCAUUCCGUUGCUGCUGCAGGAACCACAGGACGGCAGAACGCGCCUCAAGCGUUGGAUUAUGAUUGGUGAUCAUCACCAGCUCCCACCAGUCGUCAAAAACCUGGCUUUCCAGAAGUACAGCAACAUGGAACAGUCGUUGUUCACGCGUCUCGUUCUUCUGGGUGUUCCGACUGUCGAUUUGGAUAUGCAGGGCCGUUCGAGGCCGAGCUUGGCCCGUCUUUACAGCUGGAGGUACAAGAAGUUGGAAAAUCUUCCUCACAUCGCGCAGCUGCCCGCUUUUGCUAACGCCAAUGCCGGAUUUUUGUAUGAGUAUCAGUUGAUCGACGUAGGGGACUUCAACGGGGUCGGCGAGUCAUCUCCAAGUCCUCACUUUUAUCAGAAUCUCGCCGAAGCUGAGUACGCCGUCGCUAUCUACACAUAUAUGCGACUGAUCGGUUAUCCAGCAGAGAAGAUCUCGAUCUUGACAACGUAUAACGGUCAGAAGUACCUUUUGAGGGACAUCGUUCGUCGACGUUGCUCUGACAAUCCGAUCAUCGGGGAACCUCGAAAGGUGACAACCGUGGACAAGUACCAAGGUCAGCAAAACGACUACGUCAUCCUGUCUCUGGUUCGAACAGCGACCGUGGGUCAUCUGCGCGAUGUGCGACGACUGAUCGUUGCAAUGAGCAGAGCAAGACUUGGUCUGUACGUGCUCGCUCGUUUGUCGCUUUUCAGAAACUGUUUCGAACUUACUCCUACCUUCAACAUAUUAUGCCAGAGGCCGCAGCAGCUUGCAUUGAUUCCAGAUGAAUCGUGGCCAAGUCAGCGGAAGUUGAACGAACACCCCAGAACCGAACCGGUCAUCAUUGAAGAUGUGAUUCAUAUGUCAAACUUCGUUUAUGAAUUUUAUCGGAUCAACUUCGAUACGCUGAAAAUGAACUGGCUGGCAAAACACCAACCUUUGGAGCAAGAAAUUACCGCGAUGGAGGAAUCAGAGUAUCCAGAAGAAGUCACAGAAAAGGCAAAGCAGCCGGAGGUUGAAACCGGAGAGAAAAACAUUGAUUUUGAAAUUUUGGAAGAGAACGCUCUUCAAAAAUGA